AUGGCUGAAAACUGGUUCCGUCGCGAGUUUCUUACGCCUAGGCGAUUUAUUUUCAACUUUCUUUUCUAUGGUCUUCAGCUCUUCUUCUUUGCAUAUGGGUGGUAUGCUCAGGCCAUAAAUCAGAAGCUUGCAGCGCUCAACAGCUUAAAAUGGUCCGUCUGGGUCUCUAGAGGUGCCGGUCUCGUUCUCGCGUUCCUUGCGGCUGCGCUGCAUUUGCCCAUGCUCCGCAAUAUAAUCCGCAUCAUUCGUCCUAAAGUGGCUUUCCUCUUUCCCGCCGACGAGAACAUAUGGUUCCAUCGCCAAGUGGCAUACGCGAUGUUAUUCUGGACCAUGGUUCACGCAACUGCGCACUAUGUCAACUUCUUCAAUGUUGAACUCACGCAGGUUCGACAGGAAUUCGCAUUGGAUAUACACUACACUCAGGCCGGCGGAAUUACGGGCCACUUUAUGCUCCUGUGCAUGCUUCUUAUGUAUACAACCGCGCACCACAAGAUUCGCCAUCAGUGCUUCGAAGCAUUCUGGUACACCCAUCAUCUGGCUUUCUUCUUCUUCUUUGCGCUGUGGACCCACGCAGACGGCUGCUUCGUUCGUGAUUCGGUCGCGCCUGCCUAUACUAGCACCUUCCCGUUCUACAAUCCGGAGUUUUGCCUUGGAUACCAAAGCUGGCGAUUCACCAUCUGGCCCGGUGUCCUUUACUUUGGCGAGCGAAUCUGGAGGGAGAUCAGGGCAAGGCGCGCCACUCGUUUGUCCAAGGUCCUUGUGCACCCCAGUGGGGCCAUGGAACUUCGUAUUGUGAAACCGAGCUUCAAAUAUGUCGCAGGACAGUGGCUAUUCAUUCAAGUACCUGACAUUUCUGGUUUCCAGUGGCACCCGUUCACCAUCACUUCUGCGCCUGAAGACCCAUACGUAUCAGUGCACAUCCGUCAGGUUGGUGACUGGACGUAUGCCCUUGGUGACCGCGUCGGCGCUGGCCCUUCGGUCGUGGCGGCUAUGACGAAGGCUGCUAUGAUGGGUUCUGAGAAGGAUGACUCAAUCUACGGCACACGUGGUGAUUUUAUUGAGCUUGAUCCUACGACAAAUGCUCGUCCGUUGCCAGCCGUCCGAAUUGAUGGGCCAUAUGGUGCCCCAGCCGAAGAUGUCUUCAAUAUGGAGGUCGCUGUUCUGGUCGGCGCUGGUAUUGGUGUUACUCCGUUUGCAUCUAUUUUGAAGCACAUAUGGUACCGCCAGAAGAAGGGCACCCUGCAGUCUUUGAAGCGUGUCGAGUUCUUUUGGAUCUGUCGAGAUGCUCCGUCUUUCGGGUGGUUCCAGACCCUACUUCAGGAGGUUGAGGCGGCUCAAGUGGACCCGAACUUUUUGCGCAUUAAUAUUUAUCUUACUCAGAAGGUCGGAGAAGAUAUGCUCUGGAACAUUGCCGUUAACGAUGCUGGUUCCGAAUACGAUCCUUUAACUUUACUUCGUACUCGCACAAUGUUUGGCCGCCCUGAUUGGAAGAGCAUCUAUAGUCGUAUGCGUCAAGCUAUUGAGCUUGGCCAGUAUCUUCCUGGUGUUAAUGAACAACUGAAGACUAAAGUUGGAACCUACUUCUGUGGACCUGGUGCUAUUGCAAAGGCUAUAAAAGAGGCCUGCGUGACUUCAUCCACUCCUAACAUCAAUUUCACUUUUGCGAAGGAACAUUUCUGA